UGAGGCCUACUCGUUAAGGAGAGUUAAAGACUAGUUAGAGGCUAGUUAAAGAAAUCUGUCUGCUUGUCUCUCCCCUUCGCCUUACCGUGAUGGCUGAGAAUCAGCAGAAGAACCCUCAGCCGGGGACAAGCUGUCUGCCGUCGCCGCUCCACGGCCUCCACGGAGUCGAGGCCGGUGUGCUGCGGCACCGGAUAAAAGCCUCCAUCUGCAAAUCUGCACAAUCAAAAGUGGACAACAUUUUGCAAGAUGUUGAGAAGUUUACAGACAUUGAAAAACUCUACCUCUACCUUAAGUUGCCUUCUGGUCCCAGCAAUGGCAGUGACAAGUGCGAGCAGCCCUCCUUGUCGUCCAGCCGCACGCAGCAGACACACGCAUUCACCUGGAUCCAGAAUCACUUAGAGGAGCAUCCAGACACCUCCCUCCCCAAGCAGGAGGUCUACGAUGAGUACAAAAGUUACUGUGACAAUCUCGGCUACCAUCCUCUGAGUGCUGCCGACUUUGGGAAGAUAAUGAAAAACGUCUUUCCUAAUAUGAAGGCGCGACGGCUUGGCAUGAGAGGCAAAUCCAAAUACUGCUAUAGUGGAUUGAGGAAAAAAGCGUUGGUCCAUGUGCCGUGUCUGCCCAACCUGGAUGUGCAUAAAACGAGCAAUGGGUGUGAGGUGCUGGAGUCCUCGGGGGUGCCCUCUAGUGCUGAGGAUGAGGUACGCCUGGCGGCCUGUGGCCUGGUGUGUGAGUGGGCCCAGAAAGUCCUGAGCCAGUCGUUUGACUGCGUGGAGGACUUGGCCCGCUACCUUCUCAACAGCCAAUUCAUCAGCAGCAAGUCCAUGGCGGCCCUCACACUCACGACGGGGACAUCCACAGGUGGGAUGAAGAUGUCAGCGGAGUCCUGUCCGUUCGUGCCAGUAGAUGAUAGCAGGUACUUCCAGCCCCAGGCGAAGACCUUGCCCUCCCCCACCGUCGAUGCCAAGCAGCAGCUGCAGCGUAAGAUCCAGAAGAAGCAGCAGGAGCAGAAGCUGCACUCGCCACUGCCAGGGGAUGGGCAGACCCUGACCCCAACCCAGGCUCGGAGGGCAGAGGCUGGCACACCCUGCGUGGGUCCCAGCAUUUCCUGCGGAAGCCCCGCCCUGCUCUCCCCACAGCCGACCAUCGGCAUCGUUGUGACUGUUCCUAGUCCCGUCACGGGACCACGGACCAAGCAGCUGACCUCUCCCAGCCCCAUGGGUGCAGCAGAGAACAAAGUUGUACCCAUGAACUUUCAGGUGGUUUCCCAGCCCAUCCAGCCAGUAAAGCAGACUGCCAAGGCGUCGCUGAGUGUUUCGGCGAGCCCAGUGUGUGAGCGCGUUCCAGGCCGCUCCCGCUACCCCCAGAUUCUCCCCAAGCCCUCCGCCACCGGUGCCCUGACUCUGCGCUCGCCCCAGACGCUGCUUAUCACCAACAGCCCCAUUAAAACUGUGGUGCCCACAUCACACGUGGCCCCCGUCAAUGUGGUGAAGAUGACGACCAUAUCCCUACCGGCCGGCAGCGGCACUGGCAGCACAACCUUGCGGCCCGUUUUGACGGGUGUGAGCAGCACCGGGCUGCUGGAAGAGCAGCAGCAGCUCCUGCAGACCCAAAACAGCAGCCAGCAGAGCCCCUUGCUGUCCCCUGUGGUAACAAAGUCUGGAUGUAUGGCCACUGCUGCCGCCGCCAAUGUCAAGAUGGAGCGUGAAGCCAUACCCGAUAAUAACCGGGACCCUGUUGCUGAGCAGCUGAACACAACUCAGGAAGCAGCCGCUGUUCCGAAGGGUGUGAGGGGUGCUAAGCCAAGGGCUGCCAGUGAACCCACACCCUACAGCACAGGAGCUCUGGGGCCUGAUGGGGCAGGAAAAACCAAGUGUGGUGAAAAGUUCCCCUUCAGUGCCAACACUGCUUCUGCUGGCAGCAAUACCAACAGUAACAAAAGGGAAAAUGCUUCAUGUCUAACGAUACCAAGCCAGAGCACCACCAUCACUCUGUCGUCCUACCCCAACACCACUGCCACGUCACCCAGGGAGAGCCCUUUAGGGUCCGGGAGUCUGAGGAAGCGCCCGGGUGCUGUUUUGGAAUCAGUGCCGGUAAAAAAAGUGUUUAUUACCCAGCACCCUGCGAGUGGUGCCGAAAGCCCCACCGAUGCAUCGAAGGCAGUCCCCCAGUCAGGGACCCCCACCAGGCCUGAAAGUGCACCAGCAACAACCACUUGUAAAGUGACUGUGAAACUGAACUCCACUGUACCAACUCGAAUUCUUGCUCGCUGUGACUCGCCCCUUGGAAAUCCCAGCAUCUUCCAGACUGUUGCAAAACUGCAGGCCAGCCCGCAGCCAAAAGGGGAAGGGCUGCCUUCAAAGAGCGAGGACAGUGGCCUUACUUCCAGAGCCAUUGCCAGCACCUCCAGUCAAGCACUGCUGAAAGAAAUUGCCAGUAGUUCAUUAGCCAUGCAAACCAGUUUGGCCUUAACGGACACCUCCAUCAUGGAUGAGUUGAAGAACCCCAUUUGGGAAGAAGGGCAGCUGGGUAGUCUCCAGCAGCAUGCUUUUGUGCAUCAGAUGCUAGACCAUAGGUCAGUGACUACACCAGUGAUGGACCAGCUGCCCAUGGAGCCCCAGGCCCCUCCUUCAGAUGAGCUGACACUCCACUCGGAUGUUGAAUUUACUGGGAGCCAGCCCAGUGUGGAUUAUUUCCCAUUCAAUGAUGAUGAUAUGACCCAGGACAGCAUUGUAGAAGAGCUAGUACAGAUGGAGGAGCAGAUGAAACUGAACAGCCUGCGGUCUUAUGGCAGCUGUGUUGAUGUAUCUCUGCAGAGCCAGUCGGCAGCGGUACCAGGUUCUGUCCUGUCCAACCAUCAGACGGACAUUGCUUUUUACCACUCUCUUCACAGCAGCACCACUCCCACCCUCACACCCACACCGACUCCUACGUCGGAGAUCAUGGCAGCGGGGUCUGGUUUGACCCGGGAGAGCCCUUGUUCUCGACUGGCACCCGCCACUCCUGUGGAUGGGGCUCUGGGCAGUAAUCGGCACACCCCUGUCGGUACCCCGCACUCUAACUGCAGCACUAGUGUCCCCCCAAGUCCAGUGGAUUCCUGUCGGAAUCCCUUUGCCUUCACACCCAUUAACUCCAGUAUUACGGGCUACCACAAUGCCAGUAUUGUUUCAAGUAGCCCGCUCAAGCCAAUGCAGAGGCCCACGGCUACUCACCCUGACAAGGUCAAGCUGGAGUGGAUAAAUAACGGGUAUAACAGUGAUGGAGGUACCUCAGCCAUCUCCAACAAUGGCAUCAGCAUCCUCCCAAACUACCAGAACUUGGUGGAGGACCAGUUCCGUAAACCGCACGCCUUUGCCAUCCCUGGCCACUCACAUCAAUCACAAACCAGGCAUGAUACCAACUUCGGCCGUCUGACACCUGUUUCCCCGGUUCAGCAACAGGCUACUGUUUUGACAAACCAAGGCACUGUGGAAGGCUUCGCAGUUCCUGCCCCUCUGGAUAACAAAGUCAUCGUCUCAUCAGCCGGUGGCACCUUCCGCUGUCGAAGUGUGAGCCCGGCAGUACGGCAGCGGAAUCUGAGUGGGAGCACGGUCCACACCAGCAUCUCUGGCUCCAUGCUCUCCCAGUUCAACCCACCUGUGACCCCUGAGGUGCUCAACAUUUUUGCCAACAGCUGCCCAAACAUGGGCAGCAGUAGCAUGGCCCAGAGGAGCCAGUCGGUCCCACUUAAUGUGAUGAUGCAGACUGAGAUGCUGCCAGUGCAGACCACUAACAACAGCACGAAGAUCACAAGCGUGCUGCUGAGCAAGAUGGAUCCUGAUGGUGAUGAUGCGGUCCGGGGUUUGGGUGUCAACAACAUGCCUUCCAACUAUACAGCCCGUAUGAACCUCACCCAGAUCCUGGAGACCACCAGCACUUUCCAAGGUGGCGUUAGCCAUCAUAGCCUCCUCAACACGAAUGCCAACCACAAUCCCAGCCAGUUCCAGAAGCCUAGUUACCUCAUGAAGAACGCCAGAAACGAACAGAUGAGCUUAUACUCCAGAGAUAGCCAGGCACAAGUGAGUCCUGAAGAGCAGCAACCAGAACUGCAACAGGGGCAGCCUCUGCAAAAUGAGCAAAGCCAGCUAGAGGCCACAUCUGAAAGCCAGCAGCCUCUGGAUUUUGACAGCACUGUCAAGGACCUUCUAGGGGAUGAUGCAUUGAACCCUGGCUCCCAGCUGACUGGGCAGAUGGUCUCUGAACUCACUUCUGUGGCAUCUGAUUUCUCUAGUGAUAUCAGAUUGACCUCUGAACUCUCCAGUAGCAUCAAUGACCUGGACACUAACUUACUUUUUGACCCCAGUCAACAGCAAGGACAGUAUGAAGAUUCUACACUGGAGGAACUGAAAAACGAUCCCCUUUUUCAGCAGAUCUGCACUGAGAACUCUGUUAACUUUGAUUGGCUGGAGAGUAAAGACCAACACACAGUGGAAAUGUUGGGUUGAUUCUUGGUUUGUUUUAUUUUUAGUUUUUUUUUUGUUUUUCCUGUUCUUUGGUAACAGUUAUAGAGCACACUGCAACCACACUCUGCACACCAGUGAGACAUGACAGCCAAAUUUCAGAUUGUUGUUCUGAUCAGUGAAUGACUUUGCUGUCCUGUUAGAUGCGUCACAGGAGUUAAGUGCAGUUCCUCGCUCCUGUUUCACUUUCUUAUUUCUUUCUAUUAUUUCCACUUCGAAAGGAAUCGUAUGUCUCUGCGGUAUUUUAAACAAAUCAUCAACCUGGUCAGACUGUUACUCGGACGUCUGACAUACCGGUGAGUUGCAGAAGCAUCAGACAGAACUACUGGCGCUAACUGAGGGAGGUAGUUAAACUGAAACCUCAUAUAGGGGAAAUGGAAUCAGUUUUAACGUAUGUUAAAACCAUAGCUCCUCUCGUUUCAUCAGUCUCUCGGUGGAAAGGCUGCCAUCAGAAUGCCGGAAGACUCCCCCUCGCUAGAGUUCUCACAUCUGUGCAGAAGAGAGAAAAAAGCUAGGUGCUUGAAGGGAGGAGCAUAUCAAAAUAAGUGGCGAUAUUGUGUGGUGGCUUAGUCUUAUAGGUAGUUUGUUAUAACAUUACUGUGUUUUCAAAAGGGAAGAGCUUGUUUCCUCCCCCCAAAACAUUUGGGAAUCUGCUGUGAGGCCCUGUAGAUGUUAGAUGCCAUCCGUGGAGCCAUGACUGCAGACUCUGCAGACCUAAAGGUCGAGGGUCACAGGUGGUGUUGGGUUUGGAAGCCGAAACCUCCACGAGUCUCAGUGGUAAACGGUGGCGUGAGAUGCAAUGAGAUGCAGGCUGCUUCUUUUAUGCGUGUUAACCGAAGACUGGGGAAGGAAUUUCUGUGACUUCACAUCGGUGUACUUGAUGUGAAUGUUACAGCUUUAAAUCAAAAUAAAAAUGCUGUACAUACCGUUUGGGCAAUCAAAGUGUCUUCAGUAGCCCAACUUGUAAAGAAGUGGUUGGGCUAUUGUACAGUAGAAAAAAAAUAUUAGAUGUUGCUCACUUGGCACCAGAGAGGCUUUCUGAAGGCCAAAGCACAUUACUGUCUAUGAUGGGGGUAAUUGGGGAUAAGCAAUGGAAAAAGUCCUCUCCUCCUUUGGUGGACAGGGGCUUUCUUGAUGACUUUGUAUCUAUGCAGGUCUGUGUGACACAUGAAAGCCCCUCUAAUUCCUGUCAGAUGGUGGCUUUAUGGGUCUUCAAUGUUUAGCUAUGACAUUUUAUCGCAUGAUCCAUUGAUCUAAGUUAUUACAGAAAGGUGUGUAAGAAUUAAAUUCCAGUUGUAUGUAGAAAUUAUUGCAAAAUUAUAAAGGUUACAAAAACGUUUAAAGUACAGAAUGUGUCCCGGGUCUACAUGGGUGUGAAAGGCAAUAGACUUUAGGGAAAUCAGUUUGUGUUAUGUAAACAUUUCAUGUUCGGGGGGCAGUCGGCUGAAAUUCAGAGCAAACAGACAAUCAUUGCUUUUCUGACCCAUCAAUCAGCUCAUUUCAAGGAGCCUGUUUUUCCAUUAGUUAUUUUGGAUAAGAGCAGCAGCGCUGCCCAGUGAACCCUCAGCUUCUUCAGCCAGCAGUCGGUGUCUUGCGAUUGGCUGCACAGAUGUUUGUCUCAUGCAUGGAUAACACCGUGUAGAGCAGGCGGUCUUGGUGUAAAGAGCAGAAGCUUAUAUUUUGAGAUUCCAUUUACUUUGGCCAAAGUGUUGGGGGUUUAGGUGCUCUGUAUCCUGGGGUCACACGGGGUCGGCAGUGGACAGAUGCUGCCUUAAUGGCAUUUAAUGAGAAUCAGCCUUACGUUGUUACCAAAGAAAAGCUGUUCAAACCAGCAUGAGAAUAUGAAAUUUUCUUACUUACAUUGACCCUCCCACCCAAAAUGCAUGUUUUAAGGUUGACAGGUUUCUAAACCUUUGAUAGCUGCAGUUGUGGUGGAGACUUCACAGGAAGGGGAGGCCGGAGGGCUAGAUUUUGUGGGGCUGAAAUGGUUAAGCACGGCAGCUCCUCUGUAGCACUAGGAACCAGGAUUUUAUAGGCAAGCUGACAAGCUCACACUACUCCUAUGGUUUAGGAAAACAUGUAGCAAAAUAGACGUUGCGUAAAUUUUGUCAACUGUUGCUUUAAAAUGUGCUAUUCCUUGUUGAAGCUCUCUUUGUAAAUAUCUCUGGUAAGAAAAUCCAGUCUUGCGAGACGCUGUGGCGUUAUGAUGACGUCUGCAUUCGGAAUCAUCUGUGCACCUUCCAGAAAUAAUACUCUGCCGAAUGAGCUGGGUGACUCACUGCUGGCUUUUUUGUACCUUUGCUUGGAAAUGUCCUCCCCCCCCCCCCCCCAGUUCUGUAAAAAUAUGUCUUCUGCCCCAAUAUCAGGGCUGUGCUCUGGACUGAAGACAAUAGCCUGACACCAGUGGAAAGAAGUGGCUUUAGGUCACAUCUUUCUGUGCUGGAGUGUGGCAGUAGACACUGGAAAGUCACUGCAAAUCCAAUUGAGCUUUGAGAGGUUCACACUAUUGCACUAAACUUUUUAAUGAACCAGGGCACCAUUUUUAGGACAAAUGCAACAACUGAAGCCCGCAGAAAAAGUAUUUUUUAUAACAAGCUUAAAAAAAUUAAAAAUGACGUUUAUAUAUCUUGUGUAGCAAUGUGCUUUAAUCUCAGUGAGAUAGGUCCUUCACUCGUUCUCAUACAUGAGAAUAUGAACUCGAUUUAAAGUUUUUGAAAAUAAGGUAUUAGACAUUUCCUUAACCGUGUUGAUAAAUAAUUAUUGAUGUGCAUGUAUGUCCGUUCUCUUGUACAGAAUAUUCCUUGUAACCACUUCCUUUGCCUGUAAUGAGUGGUUCUGUCAACCACAAAGGUAUAACUAACUCAAAAAAGUCUGUUCUUUGAUGUUUACUAAUAUCAGUCUUUGUUCUGUUAAUGCCUAUUUGCUUUUUAGUGUUUUAAUGAAAAGGAUGUUUUUGUGGUAAAGUUCAAGGUAUUUUUUUUUCCUGGAGAAACCAUUAAAUAAGCACUGAUGUCUGGACUAUGAAGAAAAUCCUCUGUUCGUGUUACUCCUAUGCUGUAUGACUCUGACCCAGUAAGCACCCCCACACAGCCCUUCCAUUUUGACAUGUAGAACUUCACACCAUGCUGUCAGUAUUGCCGGCUAUACAGCAGACCAUAGUCUGGUGAUUUUUCAAUGGCGUUUCAGCAAAGUUUUUCUUUAAUUUCUUUUUUUUUUAACUGCAAAUGCUCACAGAUGUUGCGAUUUUUAAAAGUGGUUUUAAAAACCAAUAAAUUUUUUAAAAUAA